UAAACCCUCUCUCCAUUUAUCGACCGUAUAAGUCACAGUGCAAGCCCGUUCAACCGGCCGUCCAACACAAAAGUGUGAUCACUUCCCUAAGCCUCAUUCACCUCCGAUACCACAUUCGAGUGACUUUUGUUCGCCGCAUCUUCGCCUGAAGCUGAAAGACGCCGUACAUGAGCGCCUCUGCCGUCGGAGGGCAUCCUGGGACGUAGACAUCCACCGGAAGAAUGCGGUCGACUCCCCGGACGACGGAAUAGCUAUAGUGGUAGUAGCCGCCGCCGUUGGCACAGCUGCCCAUGCUGAUGACCCAUUUCGGGUCCGGGAUCUGGUCGUACAACUGGCGCAGCGCCGGCGCCAUCUUGUUGGUGACGGUGCCCGCGACGAUCAUGACGUCGGCCUGCCGAGGAGAGGCCCGGAAGAUGAUGCCCAGCCUAUCUUGGUCGUACCGCGGCAUGGAAAGUUGAAUCAUCUCUACGCCGCAGCAGGCGAGCGCGAACGUCAGAGGCCACAGCGAAGACUGUCGACCCCAGUUGAUGAGGGAAUCCAAGGUGGUUCUGCCGCUGUUAGCGGAGAACAGUAGUGACUGCCAGCUGUGGACAGUGUCCAGUGGGGAUGGGCAACAGGACACAUACAGGGCGUAUUCGACCGUGUUUGGCACAGACAGAGCUGUCCGGCCUGAAAUCGUUCCGGGACUGGUAUCGGAGACAUCGGCGUCGGCUUGGUGGGUGUGGCUCAAGCGAACAAAGGGCAGCAUGGGUUGCCGGUGAAGUUGCGGCCGGGUGCGGCUCUGCACAAGAAGCGCAGCUCUAUUUCUCACUGCAAGUUGCAUAAGUAUUGGAAGCUGUGUUGCCAAAUGGUUGGUACGGCCGACGGAGUCUACUACUCACUUGUGGCUUACACCUGGUUAGGGGACUCCUCGAUGGACGGUGGGCGGAAGGUUUGCCUGCCAAAACUUUUGGUCGUCGAUUGUUUCGUGGGAGCCAGACUGGUGUAGAAGAAUAAGCUAGAAUACCUGGGGCUUGAUUCGACACAUGAACAAGACAGGGCCAUGGCUUUGCGGUGCUCGAGCCGUGACUUAUAAGUGUCGGUGCCGGACAGCUUACACAGUCCGGGUGUAGCUCUUAUUCGGCACGUAACUCCACAAUAAUGGCCAGCCGUCGGGAAAUACCCACCAGCACGCACUAAACACCACGGGAUGGCUCGGUGAAAACCCACCACGCGUCGACCUCAUCCAUGCAUGCUCCCUCCCGGCUCAAGGCAAGGGCAACAGCCUGCGGCUGGCUCGUCCCUGUUUGGCGCCCGCACGCAUCAUGCCGGUGCCUGCGAAUCGUUCCUACAGCUGCACCGCUUGCGGCAAGCAUUACGCGCGGAAAAACCACCUCUCCCGCCACAAAGCAACUCACGAUCGCGUCUCACGCUAUGAAUGCCAUGGCUGUGAGAAGACAUUCUCUCGCAGCGACGUCCUGCGCAAGCACUGGACCAAGUGCCCCAGGAAACACGACAAUUCGCAGCUGCCUCAGCCAGUACGCGGACGGAAACCAAAAUCCUGCGAGCAAUGCGCCCGCAGCAAGGUGACCUGCGACAAGGCGGAACCAUGCGGACGGUGUUGUGUUCGCCGUCUCACGUGCAGUUAUGCCCGGGUGCGAAGAGACGCAUCCACGGCCAAGACCGCUUCCAACAAGUCGUCUCAGCUUGGCGAUGAGGAGUCCGACGGCGGUACGACAAGAUCCGGUGCCACGUUCCUUCUCAGUUUGACGAACCCGAAAGCCGCAACCAUGCUGGAGUCCUUUGCGGACGAUGACCCGGCUGCGUUGCCCGACAUGGCGACUACCAGCUCUGCCGAGGAGGCGUUCCUGCGCAGUCUUGACAGUUUUAUGAUGGAUCUGGGUUACCCUGAGACGGACGAGAUCGACGUGCCGUUCCCGUCUGGAGACUUGAUCUCUGAUCUGCCGUCGCCCGUAUUCCGACCAGAGGCACUGGCAAUACUGCAAAACAAGACCGAGCCCCUCAUCCAUGAUUUACACCAGUUGCAUCAGUCUCUCGCCGCCUACGAUCCGUGUUACCACACUUUGUUCGACAGACCUACCGCGAAGCAAGUGCUCGCUCCCGAAAGCAUCAUCCGCUUCGCAGCGACCUACUUCCACCUCAGUCACCAUCACGUCCCUAUCGUCCACCGCCCCUCGUUCGGCUCGCCACACACCGCAACGACGCUGCUGCUCGCCGUGACGCUUGCUGGGGCCCUGCGAUCGCCACCCCGAGAUGACGCCCUUUCCGUGUGGGCCAUGGCGCGACUGUUUGAAGAGUAUAUUUUUCUUCGGCUUGCGGAUAUCAUGUCCACUUACCCUGGGACUUCAUUGUCACUAGUGCACGCGGGCGAGCUCUUGGAGACGCUGCAGGCAGCGAUCCUGCUCAACAAUGUACAGUUCAUGGACAAUAAUAUAGCGACCCGGCGGAGGAUCCGAACGCAGAGGCUGCCGGCCUUGGUUGCCUCCGUCCGACGGCUCGGCUUGUUCGCGAUGAGGCAGUCCACUGCCGCCGCGGACUGGGCACAACAUGUCCAAGAACAAAGCUGUAUCCGAAUCGCCCAUUGGACAGCCAUGGCCGACUGGCACCAAAGCAUCAUGUUUCACAUGCCACCGCUGGUGACCAUAUCCGAACUGACUGGGGAUAUGCCUGGCGCGGGAGCCGCGUGGGAUGCUGAAUCUUUCUUGACGUCCGAGGGGAAAGACUGCCAACCAGAAGAAACAAGCGCGCAGAACAGCCUGCGCUCCGUCAGCGACUAUAUCCGCGUCCUAAUGCAAGACAGCAUCGAGGUUUCGCACGUCGCCGCCCUGCGCCGUGUGUCCAUGUCGAACAUGUAUCUGAUCAUAACUGGGCUCUCUUGCGCCAUCGUGUCCGGACACGUCAUGUCGACCAUAGCCGAGAGCGCGCCGGCCUUGGAGAGGGCGCUGCGUCGAUGGCAAGAUGUAUGGAAGUUCCUGGCCCAGAGCAGGCAGGGGGCAUGUGGCGACCUGGCCGGCUGUGGUAUCGAGCGCUACAGCGACGGGCAGUGCUGGGCGGCGCGGAGGAUGCUCGAGUCGUUGGUUCCGGGGGACGAACCACAUGCCUUCUUCCAACGAGUCGGACAUGACACUCUCGCGGAGUUUCACGGCUUCUUGGCCCAGCAGCAAAAGAAGUCUUGUAGUAGUACAUAGCACGAGUAAGAGCAGACCCUGAGCUCCGGGAUUUGAGAAGAUGCCACGGCGUCCCAAGAGGAUGGUUUCGGAGGUUCUAGCUGUGGGGCAGCGGCACGUACGAUGUCAUCAGCGCCCUCGUGGGUAGCCGCUCCUUGCCUGGUUAGCUAAUGAGGCGGAGAAGGAAGAAUUGUUACCCCUGCUCAGCCUUUCUCUUUGCAUCGUGCGGUCGGAUUCUCCCCGGUACAUGCGGAGUACACAAC